AUGGAACCGAUAAUCCCCCCGCUGAAGUUCACGUCGCAUCAUAACCUGGUCGAGCGCUUGGUUCUUGCGACAAUCAUCGGCCGCCCCAUAAGAAUCAAAGAAAUUCGCACAUCCUCGCCGACGAACCCUGGUGUGAAACCGCAUGAGGUUGCGUUCAUCCGUCUCCUCAGCAAUAUUACCAAUGCCGAGAAAAUCAUUCUUAAUGAAACGGGUACGGAGCUGUACUACAAACCUGGCAUGAUUGUUGGUAGCGCAACCAAGGCUGGCGCCCAAGGGACUGAUAGCUCUGCCUCUACGAAACUUGUCAAACCAGAAUCUUUUAUGAACAAUGAAUACGACCGCGGCCUGAGCUACUUUCUGAUUCCCCUUUGUAUGCUCGCUCCAUUCGCCAAAACAGAGCUCGAUAUUCUGUUCAGCGGUCCCGGUGUCAUUACUUCCUCCACUCCGACAGGCGAUAUGUCCGUUGACAGCGUCCGAACCGCUAUCCUUCCACUUUAUGAGAAACUCGGCUUCGGCAAUGCCGCCAAAGGUGUCGAGCUUCGCAUCUUGAAGAGAUCAAAUCCCGGUCCCAAUGGCAAAGGGGGUGGCGGAGAAGUGCUUCUUUCCUUUAAAAAUCAGACGCACCCCCAGAAACGUCUGCACUUGAUGAACCCUGGCCGCAUCAAAAGUAUUCGCGGUGUCGCGUACUCGGUCGGUGUCUCUGGAUCCAACAAUGCUCGCAUGAUCGAGACUGCUCGUGGUAUCCUCAAUCCCCUGAGCCCGGACACCUAUAUCUUCUCCGACGUUUCCUCUGCACCUCUGAUACCGGCCCCGACCAAGAACAAUCCCAAAGCGCAGAAGAAGGUCGGACUGGGGUUCGGCUUAUCAUUAGUCGCAGAGUCCUCGACGGGUUGUCUUUACUCUGCUGAUGUUGCCUCCCCUCCAGCCGGUGGCGUACCACCCGAAGAUAUCGGGAAACAAUGUGCUUUCCAGCUCUUGGAGACUAUUUCCAAGGGAGGUUGUAUUCCUCCAGCUGCCGCGACCACCUUUCUUAUCCCUAUGACUAUGGGCCCCCCAGACGUCGGGCGAUUGCAAUUUGGUCGCGAUGUGAUUGCUGAUCCCAACUUGAUCCAGCUUGGUCGUGAUGUGACCACAUUCGGUGCUCCGGGUUGGGGCAUUCGGGAUGCUGAGAACGAGGACGGCGACGUUAUUGUCACUGUGGUCGGUUCUGGGAUUGAAAACAUCCACAAAAAGAAAAAGGGUGGCGCCGCUUAA